GGCGUGUCUGUUUCUCUUCCGGUCUCAUCGUCAUCUGAAUUCAUCAUAUCCAGCGACAUGUAUUGUAGAUGUAAGAGUAGUAGUAUAUCCAUCAUCUCAUUCUCAUCUCUUGCACUUCCUUCCUUCCGAAUCUUCAAUUCCUUGUUCCACCCCGAUCGAGCCCGAGGCGAUCGAGCAGCAGCAUCUCCUCCUCCCUCCGCUUCGCCCAAACCCUAGUAGUAGUACUCGAUCAGAAGAGAAGACAAUGGCGCCGCAGCCACCGCUUGCUCCCGCCGACGGCAUCGUCGAUCGCGACGUCUGGCUCGCCUGCGCCGUCCCGCUCUCCCGCCUCCCCACCGUCGGCGCCGAGGUCUACUACUUCCCGCACGGCCACGCCGAGCAGUGCCCCGCGCACCUCCCGGCGCCGAUCCCCGCGCCGCACCUCUUCCCCUGCAUCGUCACCAACCUCACCCUCGGCGCGGACGACAAGACCAACGAGGUGUUCGCCAAAAUCUCCCUCAGUCCAGGCCCCCACCACGCCCCCGCCGCCGCUUCGUCUCUUGUUGGUCCCGACCCCACCACCACCACCAAGGAGAGCGAGAGCGACAGCCCCCCGCACCCGCAGCCGCAGGAGCUCAGCUACUUCACCAAGGAGCUCACGCAGAGCGACGCCAACAACGGCGGCGGCUUCUCCGUCCCGCGCUACUGCGCCGACCACAUCUUCCCCACGCUCGACUUCGACGCCGACCCGCCCGUGCAGAACCUCGUCAUGCGCGACACCAGGGGCAAUCCCUGGCAGUUCCGCCACAUCUACCGCGGCACGCCGCGCCGACACCUGCUCACCACCGGAUGGAGCAGGUUCGUCAACGCCAAGCUGCUCGUCGCGGGGGACAUCGUCGUCUUCAUGCGCCGCACAAACGGCGACCUCAUCGUAGGCCUGCGACGAACGCCAAGGUACCCGCUCGUCUUCCCCGGGGCCGACGCCAACGCCAACGCCAACCAGGACCAGCAGCCCCCGCCCCGCAACGCGCGCGCGCGGGUGCCGCCCCAGGACGUCAUGGAAGCCGCGCGCCUCGCCGCCGAGGGCAGGCCCUUCACCGUCACCUACUUCCCCAGACAGGCCGCAGGGGAGUUCGUCGUCCCGCGCGACGAGGUGGAGCGCGCGCUCGCCACCCGCUGGGAGCCAGGCACGGAGGUGCGCAUGCAGGUCAUGGAGGCCGAGGACACGCGGCGCACAGUGUGGGCCGACGGCCACGUCAAGGCGCUCCACCAAAACAUCUGGCGAGCGCUCGAGAUCGACUGGGAUGACUCCUCUCCAUUAUCACUAAAACUGAGCAGAUUUGUGAAUGCUUGGCAAGUCCAGCUUGUUGCAUACCCUCCUCUUCCAAAUACAGUGAGGAUUUGCGACCCAAUCGCGCCUCUUUGCCCUGGAGAUGUCUCUUAUCCACUGAUCGGACCUGAAAGCCAGGCCAUGGCUAUGAUAUUGGGGUCACCGAUUCCUGCUGGCAUGCAGGGAGCCAGGCACACCGGCCCUUGUGCUGCACCCUCUGAAUCCUCUGCAAUGCUCACGACUCAGUUGCUAUUCCCCCUAACCAACACGGACUUUCAGAUGCCACCGCGUACAAGCCCCAGUGCUUCCUCUGAGAUUCUGGAUCCUGAAGGUGCUUCUCCUCCCAACAACUCAGUAAGCAUGCGUCCAGCAGAGCUUCCAGUCCAAGUGAAGAGCAUACAGCUCUUUGGCGCCACAAUCACACCCCAUGUUGUGCAGAGUGCUACUAAUGGUGAUGGUAUGGCUGAUGGCAAUGUUGGAAAAGAUUUCUAAUACUUGAAGAUGCCGGAUAAGACUGGGAGUAUCACUACCUCUACAUCUGGGUUUCUACUACCAAAGUACCAAGUGCCUGUCUCUCUGGUGCAUGCAUGCAUGCAGUUUAUCUGUAGCUAGCUUUAGUAGGAUGUGGGAGUAUUACUAUUGCAACCCCAGCAGCGCCUUAUUAGUUGUUAGCUAGAGAGAGGGGGGUAGCACGCAUGGCUGUUGUUUAGUAACAUCACCUUUUGCUACCUGUUACAGUGGAGGUGCGCGCACUUCAUUCGCUGUCACUUGCAUUUAGAUUCUUUUUUUUUCUCGAUCCGUUUGGAUUAGACUACCGUUGGUUGGUUGAUUCAAUUCUGGGAGCUGGUCGUAUCGCUUUCGUCUGCUCUGCUGUACUGUAAUCCAUUGCUUGCAAAUUGCAAUUACAUCGUGUGGAACUAUAUGUGGGUUUAAUUUGGUAACAAUGGUAUGGGUCAUUGGUCCUUUCCCCUAAGGCAAGGCUCUAA